CCCCUCUCCUAACCAUGGAGGUUCUAAGCAACAGCGGACGCACCAGCAUCAUCUACACCAUCUCCGACACUCUCGUCUGGAAAACCGUCCGACGGUCCCCCCUCAACGAAAAGUUCACCGCUGAAAACGAGCACGCCGCCCUCGUCGAGCAACAACUCCUCCAUCGACUCGGUACCCACCCCAGCAUCAUCCAAUAUCACGGCCGCCGCGAAAUCUCCGGCAAGCAAGGCCUCCUCUUCACCAAAGCCAACCUCGGAGACCUGCAAUCCUACCUCGACAACCACAACAGCACCAUCAGCGACACCACGGGCGUCGCCGUCGGCGUGCUGCUUGCUGAUUUCGGUGGUUCGAGGUGUUUGGAGCUGUCGUUGGACGGCCACCUGCUACCUGAUUUCCCGUUCAGCCAUCCGCAGGUCGUAGACGACACCUCACCAGUACUUGACCUGUUCAGCCUGGGGGUCCUUAUGUACAUUAUUAUGACUGGCCACUUUCCUUUCCACACAGGCGCUUCGCCGAGGAACGAGGAGUUCUGGACGUAUCAGGAAUACGUGGAGCAGAAGUAUCUGAACGAUGAGUUUCCAGAUCUUGAGGGGAUCAUGUUUGGAGACGUUAUUGAGGGAUGCUGCCGUGAGCGAAGAUUCAGGACUGCAGAUGAGGUCGUUGAAGCGAUGAAGGCGGAGAUGGAGGAUGUGUUCAUGAAUGGGUACAGCGAGGUUCGGGCAGGGUGA